AUGAAGCUUUUUUCUUGGGUUGGCGACGAUUGCUGCUCGUGGAAAGGCAUAAGCUGCAACAAACAGACUGGCAACGUUGAAAUGCUCGACCUCAAAAACAAUGGAGAUGUUUAUGGCACAUCAUGCUUGGGUGGUGAGAUAAGUUCAUCUUUGCUCGACUUAAAACAUUUGAGUUAUUUGGAUCUAAGCAUGAACAAUUUUCGCAAAAUUCCAAUCCCAACAUUUUUAGGCUCUUUUAAGAAACUAAAUUACCUCAAUCUUUCUCAAGCAUCUUUUAGUGCAAUGGUACCACCCCAUCUUGGAAACUUGUCAAACUUGCAUUAUCUUGAUCUCUCUGCAUACUUAAAUCCCGGUAGCAACUGGGUUUCAGAAUUGAGCUGGCUCUCCGGUCUCACUUCUUUGAAGUAUCUCAAUCUAGAGGGUGUGAACCUCAGUGAAUCAACUACUUGGUUGCAAGCUGUUAACAUAAUUCCUUCUCUAUCCGAGUUGCAUUUGGCCGAUUCUGAACUUCACAAAUUUCCUCCCUUUGUACCAAAUUUGAAUCUCACUUCCCUUUUAGUCCUCGAUCUCUCCUUCAACAAAUUCAACUCCACAUUGCCUCAGUGGUUGUUUAAUAUCAGCACCCUUGUGAACAUUGAUCUGAGCGCAAAUUUUUUUGGAGUUCCAAUAGGCCAUUUCAAGUUUGGCAACCAUUGUAACUUGCAAAUUUUGGAUCUGUCUGUGAAUAAAAUUAGCGGUGAGGUAAGUGAUCUCAUAAAGGGAUUGUCCAGAUGCAAUAACAGUAGUUUGAAGGAACUUAGGUUGCGGAACAAUGAAUUAAGUGGGCAACUGCCUAAUUCACUUGGGCGCCUUAAGCGUUUAAGGUCCCUUGUUUUUAAAGGGAACUUAAUCUCAGGACCGGUUCCUAAAGCUGUCGAAAAAUUAUUUCUCCUGAAGGAAUUGGAUUUGUCUUACAAUAAAAUGAAUGGGUCUAUCCCGGCAAGUUUGGGGAAACUCAUGGAACUAACUCACCUUGAACUCUACCAAAAUUCUUGGGAAGGGGUCUUAUCACAAAAUCAUUUGGAGGGUCUUAAGAAAUUAAAAUAUUUCUCUGUCUCAUUUUCAUUUAAAACUCUUGUUUUUUAUCUCAAACAUGAAUGGAUUCCUCUUUUUAGUCUAAAAUCCAUUUACAUCAGUGAUUGUCCAUUGGGUCCUAAGUUUCCGUUAUGGCUAAGAACUCAGAGAGAGCUUUCUUUCAUAAGCCUCAUAAAUGUUUCGAUUGCAGACACAAUGCCUGAUUGGCUUUGGAAAUUGUCUCCACAGCUUGAUUGGUUCGAUCUUUCUCAUAAUCAAGUCCAUGGUUUAAUUCCCAACACGUUGGAAUUUAGCCCAUUUGCUUUGGUGGAUUUGAGUUUCAACUGGUUAGAGGGCCAAUUCCCAUUAUGGCAUAAUUUAUCAGUUCUUCAUUUGGGGAACAAUUCACUUUCAGGACCAAUCCCUGAAAAAAUCAACAUUGAGAUGCCAAACUUGAGAGCUCUUUAUCUUUUUGAGAACUUUCUUAGUGGUAACAUCUCAUCAUCCAUUGUUGAAAUGAAGAAUUUGGAAGCUAUAGAUCUAUCAAACAAUCUUUUUUCUGGGGAACUUCCUAGAAAUUGGACCAAUAUGCAACAAACUGGCAUCAUAGAUCUAUCGAACAACAAUCUAGUUGGCAAAUUUCCAAGCUUGAUAGCCUAA